CACACCAAAAAAAGCAAACAAAGAGAAACGUUUAAAUAUAAAUACGCGACUUAAAUCGCUCAGUAAUAAAAACAAGGCAAAUAUAAAUACAAAAGUAAUGUUCCGCAUUUGACUACAAUUAGUGCAACUGGAUUAAAACGCCAGCAAAAGUUUCCUUUAUAGCAGCUAAACACCAAAAAAGCUGUCAAAAUGUAUGGCUUUGUUAACUACGCCUUGGAGUCGCUGGUGCUCAAGCAUUUUGGCGAGGAAAUAUGGGAGAAGAUCAAAAAAAAGGCCAUGGUCAGCAUGGAGGGACAGUUUCUGGUGCGUCAAAUUUACGAUGACGAAAUCACAUACAAUCUAAUUGGAGCAGCUGUUGAGAUACUCAAAAUACCGGCUGACGAUAUUUUGGAGCUUUUUGGCAAGACAUUCUUUGAGUUCUGCCAGGAUUCGGGCUAUGAUAAAAUCCUGCAAGUGUUGGGUGCAACGCCGCGUGAUUUUCUACAGAAUUUGGAUGCGUUGCACGACCAUUUGGGCACCCUGUAUCCGGGCAUGAGAGCUCCAUCGUUUCGUUGCACGGAAAAGGACGGUGAACUACUGUUACAUUACUACUCGGAACGGCCGGGUCUCGAGCACAUUGUCAUCGGCAUAGUCAAGGCCGUUGCAUCGAAGCUGCACGGCGUCGAGGUGGAAAUUGAGAUUGUGAAACGCAAAGGUGAGCCCAUCGAUGAGGCUGAGAAGGAGCGAGCCUUGGCACGCGAACAGCAACAAUUGGACAUUGAGACAACAGCAGCAACCGCAUCGGAUGGCAGUGCUGCUGCAACAUCUACAACUGCAACAGUUCAAGUUGCUGCUGGCACUGCUGCAAAUAGCGAGCACAACAAUAAUCACAAUACCAGCAACAAUAAUGGUUCCAUCGCCGGCAACAACAACGCCAACGUCAACAUCAACAACAACAACGAUGGUCAGCAAAUCGCCAGUGAGCUGGCUGGCAGCGAACAAUUGGCGGCCACAUCGAAGGGAGCUGGCCUGAUGCCCAGUGGGCCUCUUGUGCAGGAUAGUUUCGAUUGCGAUGGCGGCAAGGAGCAGCAGUGCCUGCGCCUUCUGAAAAACAAGAGCGAUGACAUCGAGCGCUACGACCAUGUUCAGUUUCUGAUACGUGAAAUCAGUGUGGCAGCCAAAUCCCAGGCAGAUGCCAAGAAGGAUGAGGCAGCUGCGGCCACCGAUGACAUGGAGUUUCUCUGCGAAGCGCCCCUCAUCUCGCCAGCGACAUUCUGCAAGGUGUUCCCCUUUCACCUAAUGUUCGAUAGACAAAUGAAAGUCGUGCAGGCCGGCAAGGCCGUUUCCCGCGUUAUACCCAGAGUGGCCGAGGAGGACUGCUCACUGAUAGAGGUGGUAGAGGCCAUCAGACCACACCUGCAGCUCACAUUCGAGAACAUUCUGUCACACAUAAACACCAUCUAUGUGCUCCAGACGAGACAGGGCGCCAUGAGCAGCCGGCACGAGCAGCGAUUUCUGAGACUGAAGGGACAAAUGAUGUAUAUACCGGAGACAGAUCGCAUAUUGUUUCAGUGCUAUCCCAGCGUCAUGAACUUGGAUGACUUAACCAAAAAGGGACUCUACAUUUCGGAUGUGCCGCUGCAUGAUGCGGCCAGAGAUUUGGUGCUGCUAUCCGAGAAAUUCGAGGCCGAAUACAAAUUGACCAAGAAUCUGGAAAUGCUGACGGAUAAGCUGCAGCAAACGUUUCGCGAUCUGGAGAGUGAGAAGCAGAAAACGGAUAGGCUACUCUACUCGGUGCUGCCCAAGUCUGUGGCGAAUGAGUUACGACAUCAGCGUCCAGUGCCGCCCAAGCGCUACGACUCCGUAACGCUCAUGUUCUCCGGCAUUGUGGGCUUUGGCCAAUAUUGUGCAGCCAACACGGAUCCCGAGGGUGCCAUGAAAAUUGUGAAAAUGCUUAACGAGCUCUACACGGUUUUCGAUGCCCUCACCGACUCCAAGCGCAAUCUGAAUGUCUACAAGGUGGAAACUGUUGGCGAUAAAUAUAUGGCCGCAUCCGGUUUGCCAGAUCUUUGCGAGGAUCACGCCAAGUGCAUGGCACGCGUCGCAUUGGAUAUGAUGGAUAUGGCCAAGAAUGUGAAAAUGGGCUCAAAUCCAGUACAAAUCACGAUUGGCAUCCACUCGGGCGAGGUGGUCACCGGUGUCAUUGGAAAUCGUGUGCCCCGUUAUUGCCUCUUUGGCAACACAGUCAACCUGACGAGUCGCACGGAAACCACCGGUGUGCCCGGUCGCAUCAACAUCAGCGAGGAGACCUAUCGGUUACUCUGCCAGGAGAUCAACCAGGACGAGUCCUUUCAGCUGGAGUAUCGUGGCCCGGUCAUUAUGAAGGGCAAGCCGACGCCGAUGGACUGCUGGUUCCUGACACGUGCCACCAGCAACACGACCAGUGGCAAUGGCAGCCUCGACUCGCCGCUGCUGCAACCCACAACGCCAACGGCGACAACGCAACGUCUGGCCAUGGGGCAACAUGCAAGCGUCUCACGUACGUCCUCGACGGGUCCUGUGGCGCCAAAGGAUGCAUAGAAAAUGCACAAGCAAUGAAAUAUUAUGCUCUAAGGCAAAAUCUAUGUGUGAUUCCUUUACUGCGACUGUCUGUCUGUCUGUCUGUGUGUCUGUCUGUCUGUCUGUCUGUCUGUCUGUGUGUGUGACUGUCUGUGUCUGUGUAUGCAUGUGUCCUGGCCACUUAACCACUUCAUUUCUAUGACUCUGCACUUAUCCUAUCUUGGCCCGCAUUUGUCCCGUGGAGCAGAAGCAGCAGCAGUUGGCAUCAGCCUCGUUUGGCUUCGUUGGCUCGCAAAAGGUAUCAUAAGUGUAAAGCAUCCCAAGCCAUAACUACUCGUAUGUUGUAAUUAGUAAGUAGAGAGAAAGCUGUGUUUAUUUGUGUGUGAAAGUUUUACCUGUAUAAAAAUUAAAAUGAAUUUUAUAUAUGUAUUCAACAAAGCUUUUUGAGUGUUUGGGAAUAUAUAUAUAAAUGAGAGGGGUUAAUACAUAUAUUUAUUUUUCUACUUUGUGAUGGUUUCUUAGGCUGAACUUUUUGUGCUUUGUACUAUAGAUGUAAUUUAUGUAGGCACUUCUCAUAUAAUUCUAAUUUAAAUAAGUAUAUAAAUUGUAUGCUAUAAUGCUCCUUUCGAAAUGCAGAAAACACUACAACAAAAAACUCAUAUGAACAAGAACUGUACAAAUUAUCUAUGAGUAUAAACCAUGUAAGGCAAAUAUUCUAAUCCACAAAUGUUUUUGGACUCUAAUUAAGCGAAACUCAUAAAUACUUAAGUAUACCACGAAAGGCACCAAACAGCUGUAGAAUAGUAUCUGAUAUGGGGAAUAGAUUACUAAACUCUACAUCUAUUGCGAAAUUCACAGCACUACUUCUAUACAGGACUUAAUGACCAGUAAACAAAAUGUUAGCAAAACUCAACAGCACCAAAAAUAAAAAGUCUUAUACAAGUAAAUAGCAAGUUAACCA